UUCUUGGUUAUAAAAAAGGUUACUGGGACUUAUAGACUAAUUAAUACUGCUAUAAAGAUAAAUUUAGUAACCCUACGGGAUACUAACCUAUUCCUAUCUACUAAUAAGAUCUUAGAGGAAUUUAUUAGAUAUAUUUAUAUCUCUCUAAUUAAUUUCUUUUCUGGAUAUAAUUAA